AUGGAAGAAGCACCCUUAAUACCAAUACCAAUACCAAUACCACCAACUAGUAUACCUAAUAGAAAUAAUAAUAAUAAUAAUAAGAAUAAUAAUAACAAGUGCGAAUUAAUUAAAUUGGUUUUAGGUUGUAUAUAUGGUUCAGUUUUAGGUGAUGCAUAUGGUCUAUCUACAGAAUGUUUAAAUAAAGAACAAGUAUUAAAAGCAUAUGGAUCAAAUGCUAUACCAUUUCCAGGGUUUUUAAAAACCUCACAUAAUUCUAGAUGGCCAAAAGGAGAUUGGACAGAUGAAUCGGAUCAGAUGAUUAUAGCACUCGACUCGUUGCUAGAGACGGGAGGCAAGUUUGACGAAUGCAAUUUUGCAAAGAGACUACAUAAAUGGGUGACUACUGGGUUUGCCGAACUGGGAGACACCUGUGGUUUGGGGUCGACGGCAAGCUCCAUCAUCUUACAGGGUCAAUUCACAACCAAUCCCUACUUUGUCUCUGAAAAGACGUGGAUCCAAACAGGACGAAGACAGGCAAACAACGGAGCGAUAACACGUUCCAUCUCGGCCGGACUCUUUAACCAUGAGAACCUGUCAUUGGUCUCGUCCAACGCAGGCAAUCUUGCCAAAACCACAAACUUUGACCAACGUUGUGUCACAUCCAACAUGGCAAUCGCAUGCGCCAUCUCUAUCCUCCUCAACAAUGUAGAAUGCAAAAAAAUAUCAAUCAGUGGUACCAGUAUUGGCGGUGGGCCAUCCAGCGUGCACUCGGGAUCUAGCAAGAGCUGCUCGUCUGAAGAGGUGGAACAUCUCAUAGAAGAGGUCGUUGGCAAGUGUGCCACCACAAUGACAACCAUUACAGAGCGUGUCGAGUUUGAAGAGAUUCUAUACAAUACCUCGUUGGAGUCACUCAGUCUCUCUAGUCCCGACUCUGUCACCUAUGUCUUUAAAGCUUUGGGUGCCGGCUUUUGGGGGCUUCGCUCACACUAUAGUUUUAAAGACACCCUCAACUAUGUCAUUCGUGAAGGUGGCGACUCUGACUGCAAUGCCAGUCUGUGUGGUGCACUCCUUGGAUGUCGUCUAGGAUACAGCCAACUCCCAAAAGAUUGGUUACAAGUUCUACCCUUUAAAGAAUGGUUGGAUUUCAAAGUUGUAAAAUUAGUUGACUUUUUAAAAAGGAAUAGAAAAAAUUAA